UUUCUAGUCGCCCGGCAACAGCCCCCCCACUGCCCCUCUGUUUCCCCUACGAAAAAUAGGUCCCUGCUCGCCCACCGCCCAGGAUCUUCAAGCUCCGUGCCGACGAGUUUCGGUGCCCAUUUGGACUUUUACAAUCAGAGAUGGCAACAAAGGCAUCAACAUCGAAAGCUACCGAGUCUUGGUAUUCUCAUCCCGUAUAUGCAAGAUACUGGCAACAUUACAAUCAAGCCAUGGCUUGGAUGCAGAGCCACCAGCACGCCUACAGGAAGGCCAUGGAAUCCUAUUUCGGUUCCCCCUGGUUCUUCCCUCCUGCAGGUCUUCCCCAAAGCUCUCACAAUAACGAAGCUGGAUAUCCUCAGUCCUGUGACCAUCACGUGGCCUUGCAGGAUUCCCGCCACAGUUAUUCACAUUUCAGAAGGUCUGGGCAGCGUCCACGUGGCAGCAGCACGAUCCAGGCAUCCACAAGAGAAGACCAAGCUUUGCCUGAAGAAGAGGAGAUAGAGACCGAGUCAGAUGGAGGGGUGGAAUGUGACCUGAGCAACAUGGAAAUCACCGAGGAACUCCGCCAGUACUUUGCAGAGACCGAGAGGCACAGAGAGGAGCGGCGGCGGCAGCAACAGCUGGACGCUGAGCGCCUGCACGACUACGUGAACGCCGAUCACGACCUGUACAACAGCACCCGUCGGUCAGUGAAGCCUCCGACUGAGAGGCCCGGUGAGCGGCGCCGGGCGGAGAUGAAGCGCUUAUAUGGGGACAGCGCCGCCAAGAUCCAGGCCAUCGAGACUGCGAUGCAGCUGAGCUUUGACAAGCACUGUGACAGAAAGCAGCCCAAGUACUGGCCAGUCAUUCCCCUCAAGUUUUGAGCUCUGGGCGCAGGGACCCUUGGGAAUGCCUUCUGAACAGGGUCCCCAGUUUCAACCCCUUCCUUUUGGGUACAGUUGCUGGUACAAGAAUUUGAACCCAUGACCUUGUGUUACAAGGCUGCACUCUAACCAGCCGAGCUAACCAGCCAGCUUGGGUACAGUCUUUUCAUCUCUCCUUUUGUAUGUUUCUCAGGAAAGAGGGACUUUAUACUGAGAUAUAAGCAUGUUCAUCAAAGUCCCAGUGAGCACAUCCCAGGGUGGGUGUAAUACGUCAGCCACUUGGAAGUCAGCAGGAUGUAUACUGUUCCCAACAUGAGAAAUUUCCUCUUGACAUAAAUUGAUAAUUUUGUAUAUAUUACACUGGCUUUUUAUGUUGUCAGUAAUAGUGUUCAAUUCAUUAAAGUUCUUGCCUAGAGCUACUGCCUAGUGUUUUGCCAUUUUAUAUUUUCUUGUCUUUAACCUGCCUGAAUUACAUAAAUGCCUUAAAUAAGCCGGAUGUCCUCACUAACUCCUUUAGUCCCCACUGAAAAUGAUCCAAGCUUGAGACAAAUACCACUUCUCUCUAAUGUAGGGGUUACCUGUGUGUUCUAUAAAGGGCCAGAGAGUAAAUAUUUUUGGCUUUGUAGGACACAUGGACUGUGCCAUGACUACUCUGUCUUGUAGUGUGAAACAGCCAUAGACAG